AUGUCUGACACCAAAACCGAACGAAAAGAUUCUAUGAAGUCCACUUGGCGAACCGCUGACCGCAGCCAGUGGACCAUCUAUCACCGACUGCUCGACUCGGGCGGACUACACCAUGUCGACCUGGACCGCGAGAUCCCCACGUUCCCCAAGAUGGCCAAAGUCCCCUAUCUUUCCGACUGGCAGUUGAAUCGGUUUAUCAUAUUCUACAGCGUUGUUCCUUUUGCCCUCCAUGAGCUCUACGUCCGUGUAACAGGGCACAACAUUGGGCCUAUCAUGGCAUACAUGCUGUACUACCAAGCCACCAAGACAAUGAUGACCCAGGCCCUGCACUCGAUGAAGGAGCUUGGCCACGCGGUGGGCUUUCUUGACGGCGACAAACAUGAACGGGAUGGGGUCCCCGACGUUGGUGUUAAAAAGACCUUUAUCGCCAUGACACUGGCAGGACUGUCUCGCAUGUUCGCCAUGAUCUACCUCACCUACUCAGUCGACAGGACACCUGCAAUGAUGAACUGGAAAUGGAUCGUCCCCGUGGUCGGCUUGUACGCCGUGACCCUCGAUUUCUGGUUCUAUUGGUACCACCGCCUGAUGCACGAGAUCCCGAUCCUCUGGAAAUUCCACCGCACGCACCAUUUAACCAAACACCCCAACAUGCUGCUCGCCGGAUACGCCGACUUUGAGCAGGAAGUUCUCGACACCAUUGGGAUUCCGCUGCUUACAUUCUUCUCGCUGCGCGCCGUCGGCGUCCCCUUUGACUUUUACACAUUCUUUGCCUGCGUGCAGACGGUUACCUUUUCCGAGGUUAGUGGCCACAGCGGUGUCCGCAUGUAUGCGUCGGCGCCGGGCCCGCUGACCUGGCUAUGGCGACUCGUGGACGCCGAGCUCAUCAUCGAGGACCACGACCUGCACCAUCGGAUCGGAUACAGAAAGAGCCACAACUAUGGUAAGCAGACGCGUGUGUGGGACCGGGUGUUUGGGACGUGCUAUCCGCGCGUUGAGAGCAAAUUGGCAAAUGUGGAUUAUGAUCAGCGUCUCAGGCUGGCAUUGUGGUGA